GGUUUGUACCUGAUAUUCCAGCUCAAAACGCACAAGGAUUACUUUGAGACCGAGCAACCGGAGGGGGAGGCCAAUGAGGACCCCAUCCAUCCGGCCGUCGCCACGUUGCUUCUCGCUGUGAUCACCUUCACGGUCGCCGUGUGCUCUGAAGGGUUGGUCGAUAGCGUGGAGGGCAUCACCAAGAACAUGGGCAUCUCGGAGGACUUCAUCGGUGUCAUCCUCCUUCCCAUUGUGGGCAAUGCUGCGGAGCAUCUCACAGCAGUGGAUGUGGCCCUGAAGAACAAGAUGGACCUCUCCUUAGGCGUCGCGCUGGGCAGCUCAUCUCAGAUCGCCCUGCUAGUGGUGCCCUUCAGCGUGAUCGCUGGAUGGAUCAUCGAAGUCCCCAUGGACUUGAACUUCCGGCCCCUGGGCACCGGCAUCUUACUGGUCACUGUGCUCAUCGUGGGCAGUGUGACCAGUGACGGUGAGUCUAACUGGUUAGAAGGAGCCAUGCUGAUCGCCGCCUACGUCAUGGUCGGCCUUACGUUCUGGACAAUGUGACAGCAAAGGCUGAUGUAAUUACUGAGCCUCGGGCCUCGAGUCUUGAGCCUCGCCUCCGCCGGGGCAAGCCGCGUCGGCGCGCGCCGCGACGCUGCGUUUUGCCUCACGGCGAGGCGAGUCUCACCGUUUCACCGGAUCUGAGUCGCCACGGAGGAGCGGCGAACGCGGACGAGGUCC